AUGAUGAACUUGUCGAUAGUGAGGUCUUAUGUCCUCAUUUCACUGGCCUUCCAUGUCUCUGCAUUCAAAGUCACCUGGCCUAAUGAUGGAGAUGUUGUGAGCAUCUUCAAUGGUAUUGAUACCACAUGGUCGUAUAAUUCAACCGACGAUAUUGCAAGGCCCCUCUCCAUUCAAUUUCUUCAAUUCCAGGGUGCUCAUACGAGUAUUACAACCGUGGGAUAUAACCUCAACAUUACUCGCGGCGCAUAUAAGAUUAAAACUGCAGUGUUUGUGGCAGAGUCUUACGGUCUCAAUUUCUUGUUUGACAAUGAGAUUUUCGGAGUAAAUGGCCUGAGGGCGUCUUUUUCAUCCGAUCCUCGCAGCACGCUUUCAAUCAUUUCAGCAACAGCUGUAACGAAUUACACAUCCACAAUCUCUACAGUCCAGAUCGCUAGCCAAACGAUCGAUCAAACCUCUGGAUUACCCACGGACUCAGCCCAAGCGCAAGAAGCAGCCAAUGAGACAAAAAGAGGCGGACUGAGCCGAGGAGGUAAGAUCGGGACUGGAAUAGGCGUUUCUAUCGGUACAGCCGUAAUUGUUGGAUUUUUAAUUUUGCUUCAUCGACUCCAUCGUCGCGAAAGAAUUCGAGAACCUCAACAAGACUCGGUCCCAGUAUCGAUACCAACGGAAGUUGGAGGGACAGACUUGAGACCUGAGCUUGAUGGCAAACCUGUCAGGCCUGUGAGUGAGCUACCUUCUUAA